AUGGUUCUUGGAGCAGCACUGAGUGACAUCGACAUUGAAUUCGUCGAUGGCGUCCUGGGUCAGGAUGUUCCCGAUAAGGCUGUUCCGAUGAGUCCAAAUCACGGACGGCUGCAAGACCCCUCAAUCGGCAGCUGGCAUGCACACAUUAACGCAAUCCAAGAAAUCGUCAAACGGAACUUGUCAACUGCUUUGAUUCUGGAAGAUGAUGCAGACUGGGAUGUGCGGAUCAAAGACCAGCUCCUGGACUUCGCGACUGCAACACACACUCUCACACAGCCUUUGGAGGGCACCUCCGGUUCCUAUGCCGAUCCAACUUAUCCGAUCCCCAAAGGGCAGGCCAAGGUCCGCGAGUUCCAACUCCAUAAUCUCCCAAAGACUGUUUCCCCACGGCAUUCACCAUAUGGAGACAACUGGGAUCUUCUCUGGGUCGGCCAUUGUGGAAUGCACUUCCCAUUGGCAGACGACAGAAAUCUACCAAAGGGCCGCGUCGUUUGGACAGACCAAACCGUACCACAGAAGCAGUAUCUCUGGAAUAUUGAUCAGCCUGAAGAUAUCAAAGAGCAAUAUCCUGAACACACUCGUGUCGUCCACCAUGCCCAGGAAGCAGUGUGCAGCCUCGGGUAUGCUGUUACUCAGAAAGCAGCUCGCCAGAUUCUUUUCGAAAUUGGCCUCAAGGAUGUGGACGCCGCAUACGAUAUCAAUCUCCGAAGGUUCUGUGAAGGCCUGGAGGGGCGCGGGUAUCACCGGUGCCUGACAAUGCAGCUCUCUUUCAGCAUCACAGGCCGAUGGGGCCGCAAAGUGCCGAGAGCGACAUAUCGGAUCACGGCGACGGAUGGCAAGACAAACCGUUGA